AUGGUCAAGUGUUGUGAGUGUGAUGGAUUCUUUAGUGAAGGAGAGGACCCGCAACUUCAAGCACAUAGAACCAAGAUGCAUACUCUAAGACCAAUCUUCGGCUGUGUUCAAUGUACUCAAAUCUUCUCAUCAUCUGAUGAUGUUGCCGCACAUUACGCAAGCGAGCAUGCAUUUAUCUGCGAAGCUUGUCCUGGAACCUUUUUCAUCAAUUCUGCUACGCGGGAAAGGCAUUUCGCUACAUGUGGCAAUCUAUUCGAGACAUCCGAUUCUGGCGAUAGUUUCCGGACCUCGCGAACAGAGUUCUCGCCACUCAUGCAACGAAGAUUGUUACCACCAGUCAUCAAAGUCCUUCCGUCUUCAGCUGUACCAUUGGCCCAAUUUCAUGAGGAACCUAUAUCUCCAGCUCAACCACUGCAAAUCUACAAAAAGCCUGAGAUCGAGAGAAUCAACGCUGCACAAGAACUCGCCCGAAAAAUCCUCGCAGAGGCCAACGCACGCCCACAAGCAGCCUAUCCAUGCCAAAGAUGCUCGCCUCUUGUGGAAAUGUAA